AUGAUCCCUCUGGUUUCCCACAAGUGGAUGAGGAAUAUUUCCCCGGAGAUGCUGCUGUUGCCGAUGUUGUGGUUUUUACCUCUGGCUGGAGCGGCUCCCUCCCCGACCACCGAGCAGCUGGACAUGGGGGUGGAUUGGCUGAGUAAGUUUGGCUACCUCCCGCCCCCUGACCCAGUGACGGGUCAGCUUCAGACCAAGGAGGCCCUGACCAAGGCCAUCAAAGCCAUGCAGAAGUUUGGAGGGCUGAAGGAGACCGGCGUCUUAGACCCUGCCACUCUGGGCCUGAUGAAGACUCCCAGGUGCUCCCUGCCCGAUGUGUCCGAGGCAGAGGUGACGACGGUGGGACGCCGGAGACGAGGCCUGGCCCCUCAGAGCAAAUGGAAUAAGAGGCACCUGUCCUGGAGAGUGAGGACCUUCCCUAAGGAGUCAGCCCUGCUGGGGAGGGAUACUGUCCGAGCCCUGAUGUACUACGCCUUGAAGGUGUGGAGCGACAUCGCCCCGCUGAACUUCCACGAGGUGGCGGGCAGCGAUGCCGACAUUCAGAUCGACUUCACCAAGGCCGACCACAAUGACGGCUACCCCUUUGAUGGGCCGGGGGGCACCGUGGCACACGCCUUCUUCCCCGGGGAGAAGUUCACAGCUGGGGAUACACACUUUGAUGAUGAUGAGGCCUGGACCUUCAGAUCACCCGACUCCCAUGGGAUGGAUCUUUUUGCAGUUGCAGUCCAUGAGUUUGGUCAUGCCAUCGGCCUGGUCCACACCUCAGCCAUGGAGUCCAUCAUGAGACCGUACUACCAGGGUCCUGUGGGAGACCCUCUGAAGUACGACCUGCCCUACGAGGACAAGGUCCGCGUCUGGCAGCUCUAUGGGGUCAGAGACUCGGUGUCCCACACCAAUCGACCGGGCAACCCCUCCCAGACGGCUGAACCUCCUGUCCUGCUGGAUCUUCCCGAAAACAGAUCCACUGUCCUGCUGGCACGAGACGCCCCAGACAGGUGCACCAGUCACUUUGAUGCCGUGGCCCAGAUACGAGGAGAGGCCUUCUUUUUCAAAGGGAAGUAUUUCUGGCGUUUGACGAGAGAAAAGCACCUGGUGUCUCUGCGUCCUGCUCAGAUCCAUCGCUUCUGGAGGGGCCUGCCCACCAACCUGGACAGCGUGGACGCUGUCUACGAGAGGCCUGGGGAUCACAAAAUUGUCUUUUUCAAAGGUCUCAGGUACUGGGUAUUUAAAGACAAUAACGUGGAGGAGGGUUACCCCCGUCCAAUCAGUGACUUUGGCCUACCUUUGGAGGGCGUGGACGCAGCUUUUGUUUGGCUGCACAACGACAAGACGUACUUCUUCAGGGGCAGUCACUACUGGCGCUACGACGACCAUCUGAGACGCAUGGACUUGGGCUACCCUAAAGACAGUACGCUUUGGAAGGGGCUGCCACCACACCUGGAUGAUGCCAUGAGGUGGUCUGAUGGCUCAUCCUAUUUCUUCAAGGGGAAGGAGUAUUGGCGUGUGCUGGGCAGCGAUAUGGAGGUGGAGGCUGGAUACCCCCGGCUCAUCGCUAAGGACUGGCUACUCUGCACGGAGAUGCAGUCGGACUCUCCGAACACAGACUCCAAAAGCACUGAGACGCGGGUCAACGGGCAGCAUCACCCAGACCACGCGGAGAACGGAUACGAGGUGUGCUCCUGCACCUCGGACACCGCGUCGCCUCUGGGCGCCCGCCCGUCGCCCUCCCCCGUCUGGCUCCUGCCGCCCCUCUGGACGCUCUCGCUAGCCCUCAGCUCCGAGCCGCUAUGAUGCCAAAAAAACAGAGGAGGUGUUGGGCCGAAACAGGAAGAACAACAGCAAAUUGGCUGAGAGCAGAGGAAUGAGCCAGAGACUCAUUGGUGGGAGAGCCAGUAGCAAAAAAAACAACUGGAAGAUUUUGUUCUUAUACUUAUAAAAUAUCACUUGGUAUCUUUUUACUAUCAGUU